AUAGUUUUUUAUAGUUUAAUUAAAUUUCUAUACUUUAUAUAACAAAUACAGAUAAAAUGGAUGAUACACAAGUCAAUGCUCAACUUGAUCAAAUGAAGAAUUUCAUUCUUCAAGAAGCUCAAGAUAAAGCCAACGAAAUUAAAACUAAAGCUACCCAAGAAUUUACCUCAGAAAAAGGUAGAAUUUUCCAAAGCGAAAAAAUCAAAAUUAUUAAAGAAUAUGAAAAGAAACAAAAAUUAAUUGAAGUCCAAAAGAAAAUUAAUCUUUCAAAUGAAUUAAAUAAAUCACGUUUAUCUGUAUUAAAAGUUAGAGAUGAAUGUCUUCGUGAAAUCAUCAAGGAAGCCCAAAAGAAACUCGCCACUGUUUCAGACGACAAAGGUUCUUAUCAAACUAUCUUAAAAGGUCUUAUCAUUCAAGGUUUACACAAAUUAAAUGAAGCUAAAAUUGUUGUUGUUGGUCGUAAAGAAGAUGUCCCACUCCUCGAAAAAGCCUCAUCAGAAGCUGCUGCUGAAUAUAAAUCAUCUACCCACAAAUCAAUUGAAGUCAUCGUCGACAAAGAAAGAUUCCUUCCACAAGGUCCAAAACCAGACUACAACGGUCCAGCCUGUUCAGGUGGUGUAAUUUUAAGUGCCCUCGAAGGUAGAAUUAUUUGUAAGAAUACUUUAGAUGCUCGUCUUGAAAUUUGUUUCGAACAAUUAACCCCAGUCAUUAGAACUCUUUUAUAUGGUCCAUCAGCUAGCAGAAAAUUCUUUGAAUAA